AGUUCAUUACGCACCCACCAUUUGGAACUGUUGCCCCAUCUGAGAUGGACUGUAUGCAUAUUUGGGUUUCUGUAUUUGCAAUGCUAACAAACAAAGUCACCCUACAUACGUAAGUAACCAAUACAGUAUUGUCCUUGAUGCAUACAUUUGAAUACUAAUAUGUCCAAUCUCAAAAUGCAAAUAUAGGGGUGAAAAAGCCCUCGAGGCAUCAAAAUUGAUGCGCCAACUACAGACAUCAGAAUAUGGUGAUGUUAGCGAUGCUGGUCGAAAAGCCGAUUGCCUCUUUAUGUUCCAGCAGAUUGAGCUGUCAAAUAUCGAAUUUAAAUGUGAAAAUAUUUCUCCAAGAGAAAUAGCAAUCCAAAAUCGAAAAAAUAUAAGACUGGCUCGCUGUAUUCAGGAAUCGCAUGUAGCCAUUGGUGUUACUUCAUCUUCUGUUCACGUUGCUGACGUUGCUGGCUUUGUUGGGAUGUUUUACCAGGUUAGGCCUAUGGGAGAGAUUGCCAUUGCUGGAAGGAUUGCCCCAGAGACAGUCCACCUGCCAAGAAACAAGGGCGACCUUCUGAACUUCUUAGAGGACAGUUCUUUAGCAAUCAUCUGGAACUUUAUUGUAAGCCAUUUAUGUAGCUAUUUCGUAGUUGUCACUCACAUUGCAACCACUAAAAUACAUUAUUAUUAGGAUUCGCUUGAGAAGCAGGCUCCCAAAUUAAUGACAGCAAAGGAGCGCACCGAGUCAAGUAAGAAGAAAGAGAAGUUUGUCCAAUCUGUCUCAAGGC